AUGUCGGUAGAAGAUGACAUCAGGAGCCAGUUUUCAUGUUCGAUAUGUCUAGAUACGUUUAAAGAUCCAGUCACCACAGAAUGUGAACAUGACUUCUGCAGACCCUGUAUAACGGAGUAUUGGGACAGGGAGGAAACCUCAAUCUGCCCACUGUGUCGACAGUAUUCCUCAGGCACAUUGAGAACUAAUCGCACACUGGCUUGUGUGGUUGAGAUACUACAGUCAAAGAAAGGGAACAAUUCAGAAGAAACUGAGUCAAGUGGUGACAAUAAUUUUGGAUUCCUGCUCCUGGUCAUUCUCAUCUUUGUGAUUGUGCUCCUUUGGUCACUGAGCCCAGAUGCUUCAUCUCUCGGGUUUUAUCCUAAGGAUUAUGACAUGUGUCCUCAGCACAAGGAGAAACUGAAGCUAUUUUGUGAAGAUGACCAAGAGUUAAUUUGCCUAAUCUGCAGGGACUCAAACAAACACAAGAACCACCGAGUUUAUCCUAUCAACGAAGCUGCUCGAUACUAUAAGCAUGAACUAGCUGCAAUGUUGGAUUCGCUGAAAAAGAAGCUCAUCCAUCACCAAGUGAUAAAGUCCAACUAUGAGGAAAAUCUGACACAGUUGAUGGAUGAAGUGUCUCUGACAGAGCAGAGCAUUGGGAGGGUCUUCGUGCGUCUUCAUGAGUACCUGAGAAUGGAAGAGGAGAAUAUUAUGCAGGAACUCCAUAACGACGCGUGGCAGCGAUUCACUGUGCUGGAAGAAAUCAUUAUGCAACUGACCUUCGAGUCCACCUCAUUAUCAGACACCAUUCAAGCAAAACUGAAAACUACACAAGAAAGAAUUAAAAUGGUAAUCUCCGAUCCCAGGGAUGUGUCAGUAAAGAUAAAUGGUGCCAAAUAUAAAUUUCUGAUGUUGUACAAUUCCUGGAAAAAAAUGGUCCAUGAGAUUGGUUUUAAUACAGCGCCGUUGAGUCUAGAUCCUGACACCGCACACUGGAACCUCCUAAUCUUCGACAACUCGACCAGCAUCGCGUACAGCCACAACAUGAAGAAAGCACCCUCUAAAGCCUCACAAUUCAGUACCUACCCCUUUGUCCUGGCCAAGCAAGGGUUCUCAUCAGGAGCACACUACUGGGAAGUCUUUGUGGGUUGCAAGGCCGAAUGGGUCUUGGGGGUUACGAAGCAGUCAGUGGAACGUAAGGCACCAAUCUCUCUAUCACCUCAAGAUGGUUUAUGGAUCCUGGAGAAAAAAAGCAAGCACUAUGUGGCCCACUGCAUGCCCCGCGUGGUAAUCUUUUCAAGGUUUAAACCCAGAAAAAUUGGAGUUUACCUUGACUAUGAAGCUGGGCAAGUGUCCUUUUAUAAUGCUGACAAAAUGACACUGAUGUAUACUUUCAAAGAUAGUUUCACAGAGACACUCUAUCCUGUGUUUAGCCCAGGUGUUAAUUUCACACCACUGAAAAUACUGCACGUUAAUCCUUGA